AAGUGUCCGGACUGGAAGGGGGGUGAAAGUGUCCGGACUGGAAGGGGGGGAAAGUGUCCGGACUGGAAGGAGGUGAAAGUGUCUGGACUGGAAGGGGGGGAAAGUGUCUGGAUUGGAAGGGGGGGAAAGUGUCCAGACUGGAAGGGGGGGGGGAAAGUGUCCGGACUGGAAGGGGGGGAAAGCGUCCGGACUGGAAGGGGGGGGGAAAGCGUCCGGACUGGAAAGGAAGGGGGGGAAAGUGUCCGGACUGGAAGGGGGGGAAAGUGUCCGGACUGGAAGGGGGGGAAAGUGUCCGGACUGGAAGGGGGUGAAAGUGUCCGGAUUGGAAGGGGGGAAGUGUCUGGACUGGAAGGAGUGUGCAGGGAGCGGGCAGGGAGGGCAGGGAGGGGCAGGGAGCAGGGAGGGAGGGGGCAGGAGGGGCAGGGC